CUCAUGGAAAUAUCUAAUUAAAAAGGGCUUCUCUGGGUUUUUUCAUUCAUGAGCUUGGAGUGAAGAUAAUGUUGUUAGGCAGUGGCCCCUAUGGGCUUCCAGCUGUAAAACAAAGCUGAUGUUGCUGCAAAGCCAUACUGUAUUUUUUCUGCUGCUGUAGGGACUAGUCAGACUCCCCUGCGAUCCACCACACAACGGAAUACAAAUGGGUCUCUGUGAAAUGCGCUUCAAAUUAUGAGGGACUCAGGCAAACAGGCUGCGGGUCGUGAGUGACGACACCAGCACAUAUAGGUGCACGGGACUGAAGACCAGACAAACAUGGUCAGAGGCGCACCAGUUUGCAGACAUCAAAACCCGCAACCGGAAACUGCCCUCUCCUAACCCAGUUUCGAUUGUAAUUCAGAUCCAGCAAUGUAGUUGUCAUCGAGUGGUGAGCGUCGCUGUGACUGUGGGUGACUCAGGGGGACGGAGGGGGGGCGCUCUGGUCUGCUCAGUGCAGGACGCAGGAGACAGUCGCUCUCCAAGGUGCUGAAAGUCGGAGCGCUGCCUCCUCGGUCUCGCCUGCUCACAAUGAGCACCGCCUCGACUGCAAACAUCCAGCAGUAACUGCCUUCCUCCUCUCCUGCGUUAGUUUGUUCACUCUUUAACCGGCACCUGUGCGGAUUUAUUAUGUCACGUCACCCCUGGAUGUACAGUCGCAUUUGUACAACAACAUCUAUGUGGAAAUACUGAACUGACUGGAUUCUCAGGGAUUUUUUUCCCUCCCUUGCAGGUUUCUUAAGCCUUUUUUCCUCUCUUUGCCGCAUGCUGCUGUGCGUGAACAGCGAUUUUGUCUACUAAAGGUGAGUUGGAUGAAUUAUCAUGAGGAAGGCGCACUUUUUUCAUGGAUGUCAUUUGCUGUGGACUGGGAAGGAGGAAACAGGUCUCCAGAAGACUCGUUUUCCAUUGAUGCUAUAAGCUCGGAAACCUAAAGGGGGGAAUUUGGGGAUAUCAGCUGGAGCCUGGAGAAAUUAUCGUUUGGAUGGUGAAGUUUCCAGUCGAGGAGGCGACAAUCUUUGAUCUGCUCUGGUCCUCUGUUGGCUUUCCUGGCGCUACACCGAGGGAAUAACAAACAGUUUUACCGCGCCCAGGUCUUCACCUAUCCAUGAUGGUGGUGAUCACGAAACCCUGCGUGGAUCCGGGGAGGAUACCGGCUUAGAAAUGACAUCCACGCAGUCGUGCUAAAUGUGGAUGUCAGUUCCGCGGCGAGGGAUGGGUCCUCCCCUUUCGGCCGCCUCCUUCCUCCUCCUCCUCCUCCUUCUCCUCCUCCUCCUCCUGUCUCUGAGCGCCGUGUCCGCGGCCAGCGUGGGCAACCCCGAGGAUUACGCCGCGGACGAGGCGGAACGGACCGCCGCCGACAACAUCGUCUUUGAUGACUACCGGGGCAAAGGAUGCGUGGAUGACAGCGGCUUCGUGUACAAACUGGGGGAGCGCUUUUUCCCGGGACACUCAAACUGCCCGUGCGAGUGCACGGAGGACGGGCCGGUGUGCGACCAGCCAGAGUGCCCCAAACUGCACCCGAAGUGCACCAAAGUGGAGCACAAUGGAUGCUGUCCUGAGUGUAAAGAGGUGAAGAACUUUUGCGAGUACCGCGGAAAAACGCAUAAAAUACUAGAAGAAUUCAAGCCGUCGCCCUGUGAAUGGUGCCGCUGCGAACCAAAUAAUGAGGUGCACUGUGUGGUGUCCGACUGUGCCGUCCCAGAGUGCGUCAACCCCGUGUAUGAACCGGAGCAGUGCUGCCCCAUCUGUAAAAACGGUCCAAAUUGCUUUGCUGGAACAACGAUCAUCCCAGCCGGGAUCGACGUGAAGGUGGACGACUGCACCAUCUGCCGCUGCCACAACGGAGACUGGUGGAAACCUGCGCAGUGUUUGCGGCGGGAGUGCCUCAACGGCCCGUCACUGUCAUAGAGAGACUCCACGGGGAUGGUGGAUAAGCUCAGGCAAGGCUCUGCCUACUGCGCCAUUUUGUAUGAUUGACAGGGCAGGAGCACAAUUCCUUAAGAAAAAAAAAAAGAAAGAAAAAAAAAAAAAACAGAAACAGCAGCUCUCGCAAGCUUCAACACAAGUUUAACCAGAGAGAAGAUGAUGGAACUUGUCUCACGGCUGUUUCUGCCCUCCAGUUUUACUCGUCCUAUAUAUUUUCAAAAGUUGACUCGCUUCACUUGCUGCUCUCAUUCAGAAAGUUUCUAAGCUCUUUGAACUCCUUCCUGUCUACUGUCAAUGUUGAACGCUCAUGUCGAUUUCUGUAUGUACGUCAUGAGUUUGCUGUAGGUGUCUGUCCCGCCCACUGGUGUUGUAAAGUUCCAACUGCGGGGAAGAAAAAAAAAAAUAACAACCAUCGGAAAGCACACUUUGCAGCACCUCUUUUUUCCUGAUCAGACAAGUCUGACGCAGCAAAUUCCUAACUUCACUCUGAGCUUGUUUACAAACCCACAUCUCAACAUUGUUUGUCUUGGUUAGACUUUCUAUCUGAACCACCACUUAAAAGAUGUUGUUGUCAUAUUUUAUAAAUCACAAUGAAAGCUCCCAAUAAUCCCAUCAAUAAGCCAUGGCAUCGUGUCAGAUCUCUGUAUAGUAGCAGCACAAACAGAAUGAGUUAGCAGCACCAUAUGUAGCUGAAGAGCAAACAAAGUGGUCCCCGCUCCAACUGAAGAAGUGAGCCAAAAAAAAGGAGAAAAACCCUGGGAAAGUCUUCCCACACCAACUGGUUUGAUUGUCUUUUCCUCUGAGGUCCACAUUCCGCAAAACAUUCCCCACUUACUAGCUGCUUGAACUUGUUAUCAAAGCAGUUAGCGAGCCAAGAGCAGCCUGCUUUAAUUUUCCUUAAUCAGGAGUAUUCUGUGAUAAAUCACCCAGCUGGGUGCUAGGCUCUGCUGCAGCCUGCACGCUGGGCACAUUCAGCAAAAACUAUCAGACAAAAGGAGGGGAAUCCGCAUCCCGGCUUAACGCUUUUAAGCAGUAUUCAUAAGAAUAAUGUUCAUGUUCAAACACAUGUGUGCCGUUCGUCUGCAGGCUUUGUUUAUUGCUCUGAACUCAAAAGUACAGUUACACCCAUAAAUAAGGCUUGUUAGGAGAUCAAGCUGUUCCUCAUCAGAUUAUGUAACAGAUUCAGUCCCUCUUAUGUUGUCUGAAUGUCUUAGCCAUAUUGGUGCAGCUAAAGCCAAGGCUAUCGCAUUGCAGACAGGUUAUUGUGGUGUGCUUUUUAGGUUUAGCAGUUUUAAGCGGUUCAGUUGGGAAGAGAAAAGUGCCCCGACGACGUGUAAUUUUUUGAGAUGAUAAAUACGAGUCGUUAUUUCCAAAGGUUAGCUCAUGCUUUUUGUCAUUUGAAUCUCUUCCAUUUCAAGAAAAUCUGUCAUCCUGCUAACCUUUCACACCCGCGUGGUGAUGGAUGAGCUGCUUAAUAGCAAGACCCAGCACUCUAGAAGAAGACAAAAAAAAAACAGAUCAGAGGAUUUAAGAAGAAAACAAAUUAAGGGUUUAAUUAUUUUUAUAGGAUGGUAAAUUCAGUCUUUGGAAAGGCCUGCAUGUGUUCUCUUAAAGUGAGAGAAAGGAAAUCAUUUGGACAAAGUUCAGGCUUUCGAUCAACAACAGUUUGCGUCAUGUUUGUCAUUUAGCUGCAUUGAUUUAGGAUCUUCCAGUGUGCACAGACAGACCAUCAGUUUGGCUUAAGAUCUUGCAGAUUCAUAAGACAAAACUGACUUAAAAGGUUGAACAGUUACUCCAACAUUUUUAAAGUAGAUUCAUUUAUCCUCAUCACUUUAAAUGCCACGUAAUUACUCCACCUUUACAUGCAUAGAAAAAAGAAAAGUAGUAAAAAAACCAACAAAAAAAGUAGGUAGUUUUAGUGAGCUGCAGCUGAGACAGAGUCAUGGGAGGGUGCCAGCUGACGGGGCUCAAAGGCACUGCUGCCACCACAGAUGCCUUAUUGCUACUGUUCCAGAUAAGAUUCACAAAGCAUGGCCUUUGGCAUCACACAGAAUGAACAGCCCAAACUGCUUAAAGACCAAGCUUGUUCCACUGCUCCGUGCAGCCGUUUAUUGCAGUGUAUUACCCAGAACUAUUCAUUGUUUUAUCUCGAAACAUUCCAGAAACAGCCAGUGGGUUCAGCAGAAAGUAAAACAACAAGUGCAGUUCAUUUUAAGCCAAAACUUGCGGCACCGGAGCUAAAAAUAAAUGGCACCAUUUGUUAGAUGCAAGGAGAGAGAGCUACAACUCUGGCAGAUAUGAUUUGCAAACGAAAGCAACUUCAACCUCAUGGCAAUAUGACAUUGUGACUCAUUGUGCUGUUUUUCUGAUGCGAGCUCCUCCAUACUCCAACGCCUCUGAAGUGCAGAGCGUUUAGCCCGCUCCAACGUUGGCAGCUUGUUUCACUGAUUUUGUGAACUGCUUUCAUUGGCUGAAAGUAGGAGAGGAGAGGGUGAAGUGGUAGUCAACAGAAAGUUAAACUGUCACGACUUAGAUCAAGUAUCACUCCACGGGUCAACGCUUGAGUCGUUUUGCUGGAAGAUCAAACAUAAAAAAGCUGCUUUAUAAAGAAAGCAGCUUGUUCCUCUGGUCUCUAAGUAAGUAGACAAUUGAGCGCAAAUUAUUCCAGUGCCUCUCGUGAAGCAACAAGAGAGUUGAAAGCAAUGCAUUGUGGGCUGCGUUUACGAAACACAAUUAUCAAUCGAAGUCGGUCUGCGAAAAAGCCUCAGUACUUACCUGAGCAAGGCAGAGAAAAUUACGUUUCAAACACACAAAUAUACUGAUCAACUGUGGAGCCUGUCUUUUAUUUUCUUGGAAGAAACUUGAGUCUCUCCGUCUGUCGGUGAAUGUCUAUUCAAACGGCCCCAUUGUCCUCCCUCCCAUUAUGAAAACCACAGGCUUGUAAGAUAGGCAUUUUGUACAGGUGCACCAUUUGCUUUUCCUUGAGACACCGACUCACUGUAGCUGGAAAUUAUGAAAGAUUGUUUUUUUUUCUUUUUCUUCUUUUGUUGUUUUGUUUUUCAGCAAGAAAACUGUUACAUAAAGUGUGCCUGAAAACCAACGGUGAUGUUGUAAACGACGAGAGAAACACUGUUACAAUCAAUUGUAUUAUAUAUCUUUUUUUUAAAGAGCCCCAAGGGUCUGCUCUUGUUGUGCUGACAGAGGAGGAAACCAAAUGAAUGCUUUAAAUUCAGGAGCCACUUUGAUUGUACAUGAUUUCAAACAAGUUCGGCCUCAACGGGAACAGAAGAGCCCACAAUCUCAAAAGCAACCCUUGGUGCUCCAUUUGUUGUUCAUAUGUAAAUAUCUUCAGACAUAAGAUGUGUAUUAUGAAAUGGAGUAAGAAAAAAAGAAAAAAAAUGACAUCACAAAACAGAAAGUGUGUAUUAUUGGGACAAAAAUAUUUUGUUAAAUAGACUUGGAAAAAGAAGUGUUACUCUGCUAGAGUGAGUGUGGAUUCCUUCUUUUUUUGUCAGCCUUUAAGUUUGGGUCUUGGAAAACUUUAGAUGGUGAAGCCUCAUGGGAAACCGACCCACGGAAUGGCAAAAACGUGGCUAAAACAUUAAGGAUGCUGGAAAAAAUCCUUGAAAUCUGUAUUUUUUAAUACUGAUACUAGUCACAACUGACUGACUCGAAACAGCAGGUAUUUUGUACAUAAAAAGAGCAUUUAAGAAUUAAAAACAGCUACAAUAUC